AUGCCAGAUAUUCUUUUUGGAAAUCCUUACCCCUUGGGAGGAGAUGCUCAACUUUGGUUUGCUAAUCACCCUGUCAGCAAGACAAAAGCAUCUGUAUCUGGCUUCUUGCAAUACGUCAAAAGAAACUUUAAGAACGUUAAAUUCGUUGCAGGUAUUGGUUACUGCUUUGGUGCAAAGUACUUUGCAAACCAUCUUACUGAAACAGGCAUUAAUGAUGUUGGGGUUUUUGCACACCCUUCACUUAUUAAAGAAAGCGAAUUAAGGGCAAUCAAAAAACCUUUGAUGAUCUCAGCAGCAGAAAUCGAUAGGACUUUUACCGACGAACUGAGAUACAAGUCGGAAGACAUUUUAAGAACACUUUCAAUUCCUUACCAGAUUGACCUUUUUGGUAAUGUUAGUCAUGGUUUUGCUGUUAGAAGUGAUUUAUCUGACAAACGGGUCAAAUAUGCUGCAGAAAAAGCGUUUGCAGAUGCAAUAUAUUGGAUCCAAUACCAUGCUACAAAAUAA